UACAACAUGGCGUCGGUGGAUUUCCGAGACAACCUUCUGGGGAUAUCCUGGGUGGACAGCGGCUGGGUGCCGAUUCUCAACCCUGGAAAUGUCCUGGACUACUUCUCAGAGAGGAGCAACCCGUUCUACGACCGAACCUGCAAUAAUGAAGUGGUGAAGAUGCAGCGGCUCACUCUGGAGCACCUCAAUCAGAUGGUUGGGGUGGAGUACAUCCUCCUUCACGCUCAGGAGCCCAUUCUCUACAUCAUCCGGAAACAGCAGAGACAGACGCCAACGCAAGUGAUCCCGUUGGCUGAUUACUACAUCAUCGCCGGCGUGGUGUACCAGGCGCCGGACCUGGGGACCGUCAUCAGCUCCAGAGUGCUCUCCGGAGUCCACGGGGUCCAGUCGGCCUUCGACGAGGCCAUGUCCUACUGCCGCUAUCACCCGUCCAAGGGCUACUGGUGGCACUUCAAGGACCAGGAGGAGAGAGAAAAAACGAAGCCCAAGUCUAAGAAGAAGGAGGAGCCCAGUUCUCUGUUCCAGAGGCAUCGCGUCGACACCCUGCUGCUGGACCUCAGGUCCAAGUUCCCCCCAACCUUCUACCAGCCUAAGCCUGGUGAUAAACCUAUUCCAGUGGAGGUGAAGAAGGAGCCCGAACCUCCAGCAGAGGCUGUGAAACAGGAGGAGAGGGAGCCGGCGGCCAAGUCCUCCGCCCCGGCCCCGGCGAGCAAGCCUCCUCCGGAGAAGAGGCCGCGGCUGCAGUAACGCUGCUCCAGAGGUCGGACCUCUCCAAACCUCUGCAGGUCGUCUGGUUGCAGCUGAACGGGCAGAAAAAGCCCUCCGUGGCUUCUUCUUGACUUGUUUUUACACCCGAAGAGCUUAAAGUGCGGUUCAGGCGGCUGAGCUGCAGCCGGGUUUCCUGUCGUCUGCUGGCUUCCCGUCGUGGAUCAUCAGCACUGUCGCCGUCGGCAACCAGAGUCAGGCGGACAAGCCGGAAAGUGUCCUUUCAUCCGACACAUGUAAAACUUCCUCGCUCCUCCACUGAGCUCGUUUCACUUUCACCUGUAAGAAAUAGUCUGGUCUCUUUUUUGUUUGUUUGUUUUUUUGUAAUAAAAGGUGUUAAAACUGUGACGUUUAAGUAA